AUUCCAUCAAUUGACGAGAGCAGGGAGAGCAGCGCCACGCUGCUGCUGGAUGGUGAUUGGUCCGAGCGCUGAACUCGUAACAUAAAGCGCUCCCAUAUAAACCCCGUGCAGACCUGACAUCGGUGCAAUCUGUCAUUCAAGUCAAAAGGAUAGAGAGGAGUGCACAGUAGGAGGAAAUUACUUGUUCCAGCCUAGAUUUGCUCAGCCGAGGCUCCAGGAGCGUUCAUUCUUAUGAACUGCACACAAAGCAGGAAGCGUCUCUGUGCAUUUAGUUGUGCGAUCUCUUGCGCUGAGAGGACAAUGCCUUUGAGGACCGGACUUUUUCUCCUGAUGGUGCUGAAUGCAUCUGCAUAUGAACUGGAGCAAAACGAGUCCUAUUCACCCAGGAGAGUACGCUUUUCUGUCAACAGCCCUUCAGAUGUGGCACGCUGCCUCAACAGUGCCCUCCAAGUUGGCUGUGGAGCGUUCGCUUGCCUGGAAAACUCAACGUGUGACACAGAUGGCUUACAUGACAUCUGCAAGUCCUUCCUGUACAGUGCUGCUAAAUUUGACACUCAGGGUAAAGCGUUUGUAAAGGAGAGCCUUAAGUGCAUCGCCAAUGGCAUCAUCUCCAAGGCAUUCCCCACCAUCCGUCGCUGCUCCACCUUCCAAAGAAUGAUAACCGAAGUCCAGGAGGAGUGCUACAGCCGGCUGGGCAUCUGCAAUGUUGCCCAAGCCAAUCCAGAUGCUAUUGGCGAAGUUGCACAGCUGCCAAGUCAUUUCCCCAAUAGGUUUUAUGGUAAACUUCUACAGAGCCUGAUGGACUGUGAUGAGGACACAGUUGACCGCAUCAGGACCAGCAUGGUGCCACGGCUGGGCCCAGAGAUGACCAUGCUCAUUCAGCUGCUGCAGAACAAGCCCUGCCCAUCCACUGUCGGCGCAGCGGCUUCAGUUGUCCCAACUGGCGCAGAGACCCGCGCAAGCUGGCGCUGGUCCAUGGGCCCCAACAUGUACAAGAUCCAGCCUAAUCUGCGAAACAGAGACUCUGCUAGUCAUUUAGGCAAAAAGCGCCCUGGCAGUGACGGGUCAUAACUUCGGCUCAGAUUAAGAAAUAUCCACCCAGUAAGUUCGGUUAUUCCCCAGCGGUGAUGAAAUCUGUGUCUCUGCUAGUUUGGAAGUUAUUGAAACAUGCACCUCUUAGGAAUACCGGACCACCCAUACAGUUGAUAUCAGUUUGAUUGUUGUUAUAUUGUAUAUCCUACAUGUUAGGCUUGAGUGAACCCGUCUUUCAUUGACUGAUUUCAAAUAUGUCUGCUCACAGUCUGUGUUGAACAUGUGGCUGACAAAAACAAGGUGUCGUUAUUCAAAAUUUGCUCAUGAAUACAAGUCAGUGGUUUGACUAUCA